AGAGAGCGAGGCACAAAAUGCUUUUUAUUCAGUGACGAGCUCAUUGAGGAGCUGACAGACCCUCUGGAGUCUCUGCAGACAGUCAGUCAGUGUGCGGACUUCAUCCUCCGCUUCUCUGAAAACACCAGUUUCACUCCAGUUCACCGGCUUCUGUCUCCACAACAAACACUUUGGACUCUCCGGACUCUUUUAGACUGAUACUUUAAUUUGACUUGUUCUGGGCUGCACCGGGCUUCUCUCACAGGCUCUGGUGUUUUCCUGGUGAUGACCUCACUGCUGUUUCCUGGCAACGCCCGCGCUGCGAUGAAGGACCUCUCCUCCUCCUCCUCUCCUCUCAGCUCCCUGCUCCACUACCCGUCCUCCAAAACCUCCGUCGUGCCGUUCUCGCCGUCCACCGGCCCCGCCUCCUCGCCCGGGUCAUCGCUGUCAUCAGCUCCGCUCUCCAAACCUCAGCCCUUCUGCCUCCAGACGGGGCCUCACCUCAUCGCCAGCAUGCAGCUGCAGAAGCUCAACUCGCACUAUCAGAACCUCGCCGGCGCUUCUGCCGGACACCCAGCACCCGGCGGCAAUCAACGCGGCUUCAGCGGAUCACCUAUGGGCACGGGGAAUCAGCUUCUGGGGCCAUCAGGAGGCCUCGGCGGAGGUGGGAUGGGCGUUGGGAUCAGCAUGGGGAACCAAAGCUCUGGUGCAGGUGGAAUUAUCGACUUUGACCCCGUGGACGAGGAAGUUCUCAUGUCACUGGUGGUAGAGCUCGGUUUGGACCGAGCCAACGAGCUGCCCGAGCUCUGGCUGGGUCAGAACGAGUUUGAUUUCAUGUCAGACGUGCCGGCCGGCUGCUGACCUACGAGAAGAAAAACUAAUGAGAUGCAGCGGAAUUGGUUGACAAAGAGAGAGAAGACUUUCUCUCCUGUUUUGUUGUUCUCUGUCUUCCCUUUCUCAGUCGAUAAAAUGAGGAAACUAAAAAGACGCUGAGUGAGAAAGAGAGAAGUUUCCAUUUGUCUUUCAUACUCUGUGUGCAAAGAGAUGGAUGAAAAAAAGACAGCUUGCUUUCGACAUUUUCGUUUCUUUUUAUUGUGCAGAAAGAGAGCAAAGUGUUUUUCAUUACAUUCAAUCAACAUUUUGUCUUCUAGGAUGAAACCAACCUAACCAGCCUUUCAUUUAAAGAAAAAAACGAAGCAUGAGCAGUGUACAACAGAAACAAGGACUCUUUCUGUCAUCGCUCCAUCACGCUGGCUUAAUGAAAACAAGGUGACUGACGGGUGCUCGGAGGUGUUUCUAACCUUUUGGAAACAAAACACUAAAGAUGAUCGACACACCUGUUGGACCUUCUUAGUCUCUCCUGUUCGACUUAAGGAAAAUGAAAAUGGGAAACAUGACGUUAUGGAAGAUUUGAGAGGGAUGACAAACACUACGUUUCCUGUUUUCUUAAUGGACAAUAUUAGACUCUGAUCUCAUGGGAAAGAGGCUCCUGUGUCUUUGCUUCACAAAGAAACUCAUUGUCUUAAAACUGGUUAUCUCAAUGUACUUUUCUUUCUAUCCUUUUUUUUGGUUUGAAUUAAGUUCAAGCAGUCGUAUUCACAGAACAUGUUAUUUAAGACAGUGGCUGAUACCCAUCAGGACUUCUGGACAAGGGGCGCUUCUGUAGCACGUCUAUAAUCGCUCCUAUUUUUCUGAACAUAAUGAAUUAGAUCAAUGGACGGGGAAUCUUUUGGAGCAUGGGACCUGAAUGGAGUAAAUUGUGUCUUGUUCCGGGGCGCAGCCUCAUUAAAACAGUCAAGGGCUUUUUUGGUUAUGUGAGUCGCCACUACAUGUGCAUGUUUUGUUUUCUGGCCUGCAGAGUAAGAAACUCUGACCCCGAUGGUGUCAGUGAUCCUGGAUAGCACUUCCUCUUACAUGGAGGACACAAAGUUUGUGUGGACACAAACUGAUUAGCAAGAACAGAUAAAAUCAUAUGCCCUUUGCUUUUGCCUUUUUUUUUCUUUUUCCUGUUUUGCCACUUUGAUGUUGAGGUUAAACCCCAAUAGCCUUAUUAACAAUUCCAAAAAAACACCUUUUUUCUUGGCUGGCUGUCACGCCUCAAUUUUAUAUUUUUAUUUGCUUAUCCUCCACUGGACCUCCGUGAUGCUGCCAGAUGCUCGUGCUCUUCAGUUCAUAGAGUCAGCUUUAUCUAGCAGGUGUUGUUUCUUGCUGCUGCAGACUCAAGUGGUAAAAUAAUCCCUCUGUUUUUAAACUGACACCCACCCCUGAACCCACUGCCCACCUAUAGGAGCUGUACCGUGCUGUUUCUGCCGCUGCAUAUGGAUGCAAGUUAGCAUGGGGGCUCUGACCUAUAUAUCUGUUGUGGUAAGAAGAGACGGGGGCUUGAACUGUGCGGUGGGAACAAAGGCCUUUCACCUCAACCCGGUGUGUCUGUCAUGUGGGCAUUGUGGGUCUCCUCUUGGACCACACACACAUGAAAUAACACACCUGUACAUGUGCACACAAUCCACUGAAACCAAACUAUGUGCCGGGCACACAAAGGCACCGAAAUAAACCACAUGCACACACAGGAGCAUGGGUAUGGUGUUACAGCAGGGAAACGGGAGUAGCAGCCAUGAAACGGGCACUUGUUCAGUUACACACAGACUUCACAGGGUAUUGGGGUUGUUUGUGUGUAUGUGCGUGUGCGAAAAGAGAUAGUGAUGUUAGAGUGUAUGUGAGGGGAAACUAUGAGCAGCAGGUCAUCUGUCCACAUGGAGACAACUGGCAGAGGAAAAAACACGCCGGGUCUCAUUAAUUUAUUUAGAUAGAGACAGGUCACCUUACACACACAAUUUUCUGUGCACACACACUGCGGCCUAAUACCAGUUUUUGAUCUCGAUUAGAGUCUCAGUUACAGCCAGCGCACUUCCUUUUCUUUCUUUAAUGAAACACUAGAAGCAGCGAUUAAUGAAAACCCGAUGAAGGAGUAAUUUGACAGAGGGAUUUGUGGGAUUUUUCCCUCGUAACAACCUCUUUAUUGAAAGAUAUAAAGAUGCUUCUCAUCACCUCUAAAUCCAAAAGACAGACGCGUUGAUUCCUCUCUUCCUCUGCUGUCUCGUUGCCUAAGUGGGUCAAAAUAACAUUCUUUAAGAGUCUUGUGUUUGUUUCCAUCUGCACAAGUCCCUUUAUGUGUGUGUGUGUGUGUGUGUGUGUGUGUGUGUGUGUGUGUGUGUGUGUGUUUGUGUGUGUGGCGGUCCGGCCUUGAUCCCAGCUGAGUGAAUGUUAUGUUUUGCUGUAUGAAGCAGAGAGACCCCCCCCUCUUCCUCCUCCCCUGAGAAGUUGCCUGGUUGAGAUGUUUGAAUGGUCUGAGGGCUUUCAUUUCCUCUUCUCCUUGACGUUAUGAUAUUGCAGAUUAACCCCGGCAGAAACCUUUUGAACCAAAAUAUGCUACUUGGUGUCUGAUGACAAAACAUUUGCAAAAAAAAAAAAGUCCUCAUUUUGGUUUCAGUUUGCUCAGAUAUCACAUGUUGGCAUCUAAUUACUGCAAAAUAAUCAGACUAAUAGAAAUUUCUCUGAUGGACAACACUAAAAGCACGACACUAUUGGCUCAAAUGUUGUAGCUCAAAUCUUAAACUUCUUACCUAUCAUUGUUGUGAAAGUACAAUGUGUUUAUAGACUGACGUCCUUUCUUUAGUGGAUCCAUAAGCGUCAGUGUGUUCCAGUACGCCAUCAUGCAUAAUCAAUGUCAUAUUUUUUCCAAGAAUUAAGUCAGGACAUUACAAUGAUUCAUAGACAGAAAACUCAUCAAUAACAACACUGAUAGGCCCAAUAGAUUUAAUAAUUUUUAAGUAAAAAUAAAUGUCAAAAUUUGCCCUAGCCCCUGAAAUUUGAGGAUUAAGAUUGUCUUAUAUGAUGGUAAAUUGAAUAUUAAUGGAUUUUCAACACUUAUUGAUAUAAAUGGGGUGGACAGAAUGAUAGAAACACCUUUCUGUAUAAUGCAGUGUAAUUUAACAGCACCAUAAACUGCAGGAACUCGCAGCAACUCUGCCAUUAAAUAGCUCACUAAUUAACAUGUUUUUGUUUAAUCCGUACAAAUACCUGCACAGAAAAUAAGCUACAGCCAGUUGGUAGUAAGCAUAGCACAAAGACUGAAAAGCUACCCCAUCUCUGUUUUAAAUGAAAGGAAAUCUGUCUAGUAACACCUUUAAAACAAAUUAGCAUGUUACUUAUGUGUUUGUUUAACCGAGGUGUAAAAAUCUGCCAAGUUACUGGGUGUUAUGGGGCCAAGCAACAAGUGGGGACUCCAAUAAGUUGUUUUUUUUGCCUGUUUUUACAGUUAUAGAGAUUGAAAAACUUCUUUAUUCAGAUUGACACUUGCUUUGGAUGUUAACUUCUCUUCUUGAGUUUGUGUAAACCUCCUGAGUCCUGAUGACCAAUAAAGUGGAUUUACAGUUUCCAUGUGACAGUCAGUGAUUUGCUGCACACUCGGCCAUUGCCUCCGGGCCUCAGAGUCAUGAAAAAUGUUCCAACACAUCAAGGCCUGUGAAAACCUUGGACAUAAGCAGUGAUAUAUCUGUAAAAAACGGCCGCCGUUACAAGGUUUUCUGUCCACAGUAAUGAAAAUGUUCGGCCACUGCUCUGCUGCCAGGUCUGCUUGUGAAACUGAAGUAGACUCUGCACUGAUUUAUUCCUUUUUUUGAUCAUAUUUACCUUUAAACCCUUUAAAUUCAAGUCUUUUUUUUGUUGUUGUUGUUGUUG